CUAAAACAAUGACUUACAAUACAAAACAGUUGAUUUUUUAAUAAUCAAAAUUUUUUAAUAACAAAAAAAAAUAUUUCCACAACUCAGUCAAGAGUGAACCGAACAUUAAUAGCAGGCAUCUAAGAACAGAUCGAGUGCCCCACUGCUUACUCAUUUGUGGCGAGUACAGUGCGUCGAGUGGACUCUGGCACUCUACAAAAGCACGUACAUAUAAGUAUUGUUUUAAGAGAAAUUCAGUCAUGGAUUGUCAGUGUUUGCUGGUCUGCGUCAUUAUACUGUAUGCAGCAUAUGUAGAGGGAGAAAGUGGGAGUCGUGGAGGCUCCCGGCUCGUACAGACAGCGCAGGGCCCAGUGCGCGGGCGCAAGGACCCCCUGACGGGAGUGUUUGCCUUCUACGAUAUCCCUUAUGCAAAGGCCCCAAUAGGAUCUGAAAAAUUUAAGGCACCACUUCCGCCACCUACUUGGCAUGAACCUUUGGACGCAGUAAAUCGUGGGAUCGUAUGUCCGCAAGUUGCUGUUCCUAUUGACAUGGGCGAGAUACAUCAACAAGAAGACUGUCUCGUUGCUUCUGUAUUUACUCCUGACAUUGACAAAACAGAUCUCCCAGUCGUUGUUGUGGUACACGGUGGUGGUUUUCAAAUAGGAUUUGGCAACAUGUUGCUCCCGAGAUAUUAUGUCAAAAGUCACGAUCUAAUAGUAGUCACAUUCAACUAUCGACUUGGAAUACAUGGCUUUUUAUGUUUAGGAACAGAAAUGGCACCUGGUAAUGCAGGGUUACGAGAUCAGCUCGCUGUAUUGAAAUGGGUUCAGAAGAAUAUAAGAAGCUUCGGCGGGGAUCCUGAUAAUGUCACCAUAUCCGGGGCCAGCGCAGGCUCUAUGUUUGUUGACUUGUUACAGCUGUUGCCAGCUUUUCAGGGUUUGUUUCACAAAAUUAUUCCUGAGAGUGGCAGCAGUCUCUCAGGAACUACUGUUAUGAUAGACCCUAUUGAAACCGCUAAAACUUUUGCCCAAGAUUUGAAUUUCAAUAAAGUAGAUGAUGUGUAUGCCUUGGAGGAGUUCUAUACUACUGCUACAUUUGAACAACUCUUAUCGAGGUCGUUUAUGAAUAGAACUGAUCAAAAUUUCGGCUUCACUCCUUGUUUAGACCGGGAUGUUGGUAAUGGAGUAAUAGUACCAGACUCUCCUUUGAAUAUUAUGAAGAGUGGUAAAUAUAAUAAACUCCCGGUAUUAGUUGGAUUUGCGAAUAUGGAAGGUAUAUUGUACAUGUCUACAUUUGAAAUUUUUAGGGACAUGAUGAAUAAAAAGUUUUCCGAUUUCGUUCCUUAUGAUUUGCAAUUUGAAAAUCUAGACGAAAAGGAGAAGGUUGCUCAACAUAUUAAAGAGUUUUAUUUUGGUGAAAAACCAGUCGAUUAUGAUACAAUGUACCAGUAUAUUGACUUCUUUUCGGAUGUAACGUUCGUUUCUCCGACAGCGAGAUCAAUGAAACUCCAACUUGCAGCUGGCAAUAAGGACAUCUACCUAUACGAAUAUUCUUUUGUUGAUACUGGAGGAACGCCACUAUAUCUCAAAAAUUACACGACAACGGCCGGAGCUACCCACUGCGCCCAAACCUUUGCUAUUUUUGACGGCAAAUUUAUAAAUUCACCUGAAGAGGAUGAUCUAUCGCCAGAAUUUAAACGUAUGAAAAAAGUUAUGAGACAAAUGUGGUUCAACUUUAGUUCUUCAGGGAAUCCGGUUCCUGAGGGUUCCAGUCUGCCUCGGUGGCCAGCGAUGGGCGCGGACUUGUCGCCGCACAUGUCUCUGGGCCGCUCGCUGGAGCUGCGCGGGCCGCUGCUGCCGCGUCGCAUGCGCUUCUGGGAGGAUAUCUAUGCACGCCACCACCGCUCACCGGUGCCGCCAUCCGCACCACCGCCAAGACGCACUGAGCUUUAAUUAUUUUGUUAAAGCUAAUUGUCCCAUUGCUAGAUGUUUCGGUGUAACUUGAUCACCGUAGCCCACCUGGAAGCCGCUGCCAUGGAUGUAAACAACUACGGGAAGAUUUUUCUGAUCGGUAUCAGGAACAUAUACGCUUGUAAUGAGACAGUCUUCUUGCAUUGAUUUUCCUUCAAAAAAAGGCGAUUUGAAUUGUGGACAUACGAUGCCUUUGUCAACAGCUUCAUAUGGCUCCUGCCAUUUAGGAGGCGGUAGUGGUGCCUGAUUGGUAGAAGCAUUCGUUUAUUAGUAAUAAGUGAAUAAUACUUAGUUUUAUAUAUUUACGAGAACAAUAAAAUAUGCUAUUUACAACAUAAGGCGGAAUGUACAUAAUGUUUAUUAUAUUUUAUUUGUCAGAUGGUUUAUCUCAACUUUUAUAAGUAUUUAUAGUCACUUUGUUUAUACUAUAAUUUUAUUUAGCAUAACGAGUUACGCAUAUGUUUUAUUGACAUAAUAAUAUUUUUAUAUACUUGUUUUUUGGCAUACCUUUUCAAUAAGCACAAUUAUAGUUUAGGCUAAUUUAUUUUACCAUAUUUUUGAAAUGCAUAGAGCUAUUGUGCUAGGUUAGGGUGUGGCGGGGUGGCCUUUGAGCCACCCAUAAUCCGCCAAUAUGCUUUAGAAUAUUAGUAUGCUUAAAAUUGUUAUGCUUAUGGUAGGUAUGCGUAAAAAACGUGCCUUAAACAUUAUGCCAAAUUAAUAUUGUGCGUAACUAUUAUUAUCAUAAGUAAAAGUAUGCCAUGUUAAAUUAUGACAUAAAUUUGCAUGCAUAAAA